AUGUCGUCUCCGCGUCGGGCCGCCCGCUCGCCGAUUCCCGGCCGGCCUCCGCGUGACGCCGUCUCCGCGCGCUCGGCCGCUGCUGUGGCCGGCUCCCGCUCGCCCCGCGCCGACUCCCGCCCCCACCCGUCCGGCGUCACAGCCGCCGGCUCAGCGCGACUCGGCACCGUCCGGCGUGCCGCUCGUCGCUUCAGCUUCGCCCGGAGGCCACCCGCGCUGGCCGGCUCGCGCCCGCACCCCGGCCUCCCCCGCGCUCCUCUGCCUCGCUCCGGCGGCGCCCCCACUCCGCCGCCGGCCACCCGAGCCUGGCCGGGUCCAGCCCCGCGCCUCUGCUCGCCUUCGCUCCGCCACCCGGCCCCGCCCUGUGGCCGGCUCCGCGCCUCUGCGUGCCUGCGCCGGCUCCUCCACACGCCCGGCCCGGGCCGGCUUCGGGUCGCCAGCGCCGGCGGCCGGCUUCGCCCCGUUCCGCGCCGCCCGGUGGCCGGCUCCUACUCGCCGCACGGCCGGCUCCCCGCGCGUCCUGGCCGACUCCUGCGCGUCCGGCCCCCCAGUGUCGCCUCCGCCUGGCCGGGUCCAGCCCCGCGCCUCUGCUCGCCUUCGCUCCGCCACCCGGCCCCGCCCUGUGGCCGGCUCCGCGCCUCUGCGUGCCUGCGCCGGCUCCUCCACACGCCCGGCCCGCCCCCCCCCCCGCCCCCCCGCCCCGCCCUGUGGCCGGCUCCGCGCCUCUGCGUGCCUGCGCCGGCUCCUCCACACGCCCGGCCCGGGCCGGCUUCGGGUCGCCAGCGCCGGCGGCCGGCUUCGCCCCGUUCCGCGCCUGCGGUCCGCGCCGCCCGGUGGCCGGCUCCUACUCGCCGCGCGGCCGGCUCCCCGCGCGUCCUGGCCGACUCCUGCGCGUCCGGCCCCCCAUCGUCGCCCCCGCCUGGCCGUGUCGUCCGCGCUCGCCCGGUUUCGGCCCCGCGCGCUCGCCUCUCCCGCGCCGGGUCCGGCCUCUGCCCUGCCGGCCGCUGGCCUCCCACAUCGGGUCUGGCCCCCACGCCCGCCGGUUUGCCACUCCAGCCGGCGGCCGGCUUCCGCCUGCUCCCCGGCCUGCCGGCUGCUCCGCCUGCACCUCACCCUGCCGGCGUGAGAAACAACAAGGGCCGGAUGAAACGCCAGGAGAACAUGGGAUCGGCCAGGAAUGUCGCUCGCUACAUCACUCGCGGAGGCGUCACUCUCGUCAUCAUCGUCUUCAUCAGCAACGUCGCCACCGCCGGCGACGCCCUCGACGCCAUCGUCCACCACGUCGCCUUUGUCUGCGGCGACCACCACCCCGUCAUCUUCUGA